AAGCGCUGCCAGCGCCAGAUAUCGGCCAGUAUUGAUGCUGAAAUCGAAAUGUGGACCAAUUGCACACGCUUGCUCUGCCUCUGGCUGUGCCUCAACAUAGCCCGCUGCGUGCCAGACACUGGCAAGAUACGGGACACAGAUGUCAGCAAGUUCUUCAGGCACUUGGAUGUUAUACCGGACUUAAUAUCUGUCGGACCACAAGACUUUCUCAACGUCACAUAUCCGGGUAACAUACGUGCUGAUCGUGGCGUCCAGCUGCAGGCCUUGCAGGUGCGGGAUGAGCCGCAGGUGAAUUGGAUCGCUGGCACGGAUAAUUAUUAUGCGCUUAUACUGACCGAUCCGGAUGUGCCAGGAAUAAUGCCACAGAUCAACGAGUAUCUGCACUGGCUGAUCGUCAAUAUACCCGGGAACCAAAUGCACCUUGGCGAUGUGCGCGUUGGCUAUGUCGGUGCCACGCCCGCCAAGAGCAGCGGCCUGCAUCGCUAUGUGUUUCUGUUGUAUAAGCAGCCGGAUUAUCUAAAGUUCGAAAUGGAGCAUGUGCCCAAGCAUAGCGAUCAGGGCCGUACCAACUUCAGCACCCGAGCAUUUGUUAAGAAAUAUGAUUUGGGCUUCCCUUUGGCUGGCAAUUUCUUUACCAGCGAAUGGAGCACAGACGUGCCCGUGCUGCACAAGGCCAACUUUGAGUCUAGCGGGAAACCGCUCUCUUUUUAGGUAAUCAACAAGCCGAGCAACGAGCUGUGGCCGGUUUUUAAUCGGAUUGCCAAAGAAAUGCAUAAAUUAAGUUCAAGCUAAACUACGAAUUCAGCUAA